CAGACGAUCUGCCCACUCUCGAAGAAGUGUGUCCUUUUGUAUCUGAUGAUGCGGAAGCCUCUACAAGCACAUCUUCAGCACCACCUCCCCGGAAGAAGAGAAGAGGGAAAAACACCCUUAAAGUAAUUUCCAUGGAGGAGCUAGAGGAGAUCCCUGGCCCACAAAAAGGCACUGAGAGAAUCUGGAAGAAGGAAGACAUUGAGCAAUUCCAGGUUCCUGAUUCAAGGUUUGAACCCCAAGAUGAAGUAAAGACACCCUUUCAGUACUUCAAAACAAUCUUCACUGACCAGAUGAUAGAACAUAUCACUCACCAUACCAACCUCUACUCUGCCCAGGAGUUGGGAGACCCGAUCAAGACGAGCUGUGAAGAAAUAGAAGAUUUCCUGGCAAUACUACUCUUCAUGGGUGUUUUCCACUUUCCAGCCAUAGAAGACUACUGGCACGGAGCGUCACGUUUCAACUUGAUUGCUGAUAUCAUGUUGAGGAACAGAUUUCAACAGUUACGCCGGUUUAUUCAUUUUAGUGAUAAUCAGCAGUUCAAUGACAGCCCAGACCGAUUCUUCAAAAUCCGCCCACUCUUCGAGAUGCUUCGUAAGCAGUGUCUCAAGAUCCCUUCCACCUACAAGCAGAGUGUGGAUGAGGUCAUGGUGGCAUGUAAGGGCACAAGGGCUGGCAAUCUCCGCCAGUAUAUCGCCAACAUGCCAGACAAGUGGGGCUUCAAACUGUUCUGCCGGGCCAGUUCCUCUGGGAUUAUUCAUGACAUGAUGCUCUAUCAAGGGGCGUCCACGUUUUUCAACGUUGCCCUAAGUGAGCAGGAGCAGAAGCUACUUCUAGGGGCCAAAGUAGUGACAACGCUGUGCAAAACCAUAGAACUGCCACGGCUUUCAAUCGUCUUCUGUGAUGACUACUUCACCAGUUUCAACUUGAUCCAGAACCUGCACUCAGGACUGGGUAUCAAGUGUAUCGGCACUGUCCGACAAAACCGCAACGGUAGAGCUCCCUUGAUGACAGACAAAGAGCUGAUGAAGAAAGGGCGUGGAGCUUUUGAUUACAGAUCUUCUGAAGGGGUCGUCGCAAUCAAAUGGUUUGACAACAAAUGCGUCAACCUUCUAAGCAAUGCCUGUGGGGUCGAGCCUGUUUCGACUGUCAAGCGGUGGAGCCAAGAGGCCAAGGCAAAGAUUCCCAUCCCAUGCCCCUCACUCAUUCCUGCCUAUAAUGAGCAUAUGGGCGGGAUUGAUCUUUCCGACAUGUUGGUCCACCUGUACAAGACCCCAGCCAAGGCAAGGCGAUGGUACUUUCCACUGUUCGGAUACAUGCUUGACCUAUCUGUCUCAAAUUCCUGGCUGGUCUACAAGAGGGACUGUGGCCUGCUGAACAAGAAACCCAUGCCUCUCAAAAGGUUUCGCCUGGAGGUCGCCCACAGUUUGAAGCAAGUCAAUAAGCCAGCCAAAGUCGGAAGACCCCCCUCCUCCUCACCACCACCCAUGUCUCAAAAUAAAUACUACACCCAGACAGCUCAACAACCACCACCAGAUGUGCGCUAUGACAACUGUGGACAUUGGCCACUUCACAGCGAGAUGCGGGGCCGGUGCAAGGUCUGUCCAAAGGGAGUGUCCAGAUGGAAAUGUGGGAAAUGCAUGGUUUUUCUGUGCUUGAACGCUAGCCAGCAAUGCUUUGUAGUCUACCACAGAAAAUGGUAAUGAAUCUAAUGCCCCAAAAAUAUAAUUUGUGCUGUUGCACACAGAUGAGC